GAGGAGGAGGAGGAAGGCAGCAACAAGUGCGGUGCGCAGGCGGCGAGGAGGAGUCCCUGCCUCUUUGGCAGCCAGGGUGGGGCCAGGCCAGGAAGCAGCCAGCCUUGGCACCUCUAAGGCUCUGGCAGCCAAGGCAAAGGGGGCUCCACUGACCACAGCCCAGCCGCCAUGCAGGACUGCAGACCGCUGAUUGGAUGACCAGUAUGUUUCUGGCAGCUGAGGCAUCUUGGCCCAUGCUGUUGUUCUGCUUUCAGGCUCUCUUCUUCCUCCUCCUCUUCUGUGCCCCUUCCAGUUCUACUUCCUGCCCUGAGCAGUGUCAAUGUACUAACUCCUCAGAAGCAACAGCAGUUCUGUGCAGUGCUAGUAACCUGCAAGAAAUCCCAAGGGAUAUUCCAAAAGACACCAUGUUUCUGAAACUGGAUGCAAAUAAAAUCACUGCUGUCCCCAACAGCACAUUUAGGCACCUUGCCCACUUACAAGAGAUAGACCUUUCUAAAAAUGCCAUUGAGAAGAUUGAUUCUGCAGCAUUCAAAGGGGUUGCUGAUGGCCUGAGGUUGCUUGAUCUCUCUGGAAAUCAUAUUCAGCGGAUCCCAAAGGAAGCCCUGGUCAACUUGAAUGCUAUGAUUCGCCUGUCCAACAACCCCUGGCAUUGUGAAUGUACUUUGCAGGAAGUCUUGGGGUCAGUGAAACUAGACCCUGACUCAGUCAAUGAGACCACCUGCCAAACAUCUGUGCAAGAGGAAUAUACUGGAAAGCCCCUGCUUCAUAUCCUUGAUCCACGCUUUUGCAACGCGCAACAGAAAACCACUGAUGUUGCCAUGUUUGUUACCAUGUUCAGCUGGUUUACUUUGGUCAUUAGCUAUGUGGUGUACUAUGUCCGGCACAACCAAGAGGACACAAGGAAGCACUUAGAAUAUCUGAAAUCAUUGCCUAGCACAAGGGUGCCUAAAGAAACCAUAAGCAUGAUCCUGUGAGCCAGAAAUGUUGACCCUUGUUUGCACAAUAUGUUUUCUAGAGAAAAGAAUCAUGGGUGGGAUAUGGAACUUUUAUUUCCUACUUGUUCUGUAAGGACUUUUCUACAUAUUUAAUAGAAUGGGGAAAUUUUGUGUGUUGUUAUAAAUGUAGAACAAAUGUCCAAACCAAAGUUUCUCAUAUAAUCUACUACGAUACCAACAGUGGCUCUAUAAAGUUCUGUAAAGAGAGCUCUAUAAAGAGAUCUGCUAUCCAGGAGAACAUUUGGACAGGAAGGUGGGGACACCAUUUAUUUGCAGUCAAGUUUUGAUUUGGAGAGGAAAAGAUCUAAACGAUCCCAUGUGGCAUCGCCAACAUCUUGAAAAAGAUGCUAAUGAUCUCAGUAGGAAAUAUGUGUGUGUUUGACUUUUGCUUGAUACUUGGAGAUAUCACAAAAGCACUUUCAAGAGUUUUCAGAAUCACAGACAAGCCCUGCCUCCAAAUUCAUAACAUUUGCAAAUGUGUAUGCAUGCACGUGUGCAAACACACAGAGAUUGAUGUAAUGUUUAACAGAAUGUAUGUGGAGUGUGUGUGUUUAUGGGUUGAUAUUCCUUGCCUAAGAAAAUCCUGUGUAAUUCAUGGGUUCACCAUAAGUCGUCAGGUAACUUGAAGGCAUACGUACAGAUGCUUCCCUUGGGCUUACCUGCUACAGUAUCUCUGGGACUCACACCUCUUUACUCUGUUAGUAAGCUGUCUUCAAUAUCAUUAAUGUUACGGUGGGACUAAAGUGCCAGAGAGGCCAAUCUAAGCAUAUGUUGCAUACUCUACACUGCUGAACAGGUUCCAUCCUAGGAAGGUAAAGAGGAAUUACCUGGGUGCACUCAGAAGUGGUCAACUUUCCUUUGUUGAAGGUUUUUCAAAUGGAGAUUGGAUGGUCAUCUUUUGGAAGUCCUUUAGCCAUAAAUUCCUGCAUGACAGGGGGUUCAACUAGAUGGCCCUUGGAGAUCCUUCCAAUCUAUAAUUCUAUGAUUUUAUCCCUGUUUUUCAUGCUGCAGAGUCAUCCGUUCAUUGAGAACUGGUCCAAAAAUGCAGCUGGAACUGGAGUCUGAUAAGGUGAAACAUGUAGCUUUAAAAAGUAGAUGAACACAGCAAUGGCAGCUUCCUAAGCUUAACAAGCCUUUCUUGCUGACUUUUUUUUUAAAUACCUAAAUGGCAGCUCCCUACAGGGUUUGAAUUUUUAAAAAAGAAUAAAUGUCAUUAGCUAAAAAUGUAUGUACUUAAGGAAAUGAAAUAUAAUUCCAGAUCAUUGAUACAAUUAUUUAAAAUAUAAAGAACCAAUGGAUACCACUUCCCUAUGUUUUCCUAUUUUCAUCAUUUUUGUUGAGAUUUGGAGUCCUUUCACGCUUCACUAAAUAGGGAGGAGGGCUGUGUUGCUUUCCAGCUGUUGUUGAAGUGCAAUGUUUAUCAGCCCUUGCCAGUAUAGCCAGUGGAUGAUGGGAAUCACAAUCCAGCCACUUCCAGGGGACAUGUUCCCAAUUCCUGAAACAGUGUGGGUUGUGCAUGGCAGGCAGCUAUUGAUCUGUAAUGAAAUGUUAAACUACUGGUAUCCAUUUGGAAACUGUCUCUACAGUGUGUGUGUGUCUGAGAGCCAGUGUAGUAGUUUGAAUGCUGGACUAGGAGACUAGGGUUUGAAUCCCCACUCAGCCACAGAAACCCACUGGGUGACCUUGGACAAGUAACAUAGUCCCAACCUUAGAGGAAGAAAUUGUCCCCUCUUUCUCCCUCUCUACCUAUAGUAGCUAUGCAUUCAUUGCUACAGUAGUGGAAUGCUGUCUGGUGCAAUUUUUUGUUUAGUUUUGUUUUUGUUUUUAAGAUAUAAAAGAAAAGCUAUCCACUUAGCUCUUCCAUUUCAGGAAUGUCUUCUUUAUUACUGCUGAAGAUUUUUAAGGAUUGUACAAAGAUGGCUGGUGGGGGGGCACUCUCUGACUGUGGUGAUAUUUAAAAGAAGACGACCCAAAACAGUUACAGUCCUUGGCUACAAGAAUGCAGUCUAUUAGACAUGAUGCAAAAGGAAAAGGAGACAGAGAGAGAACAGGAGAGCCAGCAAAUCCAGACACUCAUUUUUCACACAUAGCAUAUUUAUGGCAUGGAGAUUGCAUUAUAUUGCCUAGAUGUUCCUGCCUGGGAGCAAGGAAAUACUGCUAGCUGCUGCAGGUUUAAGUCCUCUCCCACAAUGUACAUCCUCUUAUGGAACAUACUCCUGCAUUGCCCUCUGCUGGGCUUGUUAAUAAACAGAUUUAUUUGCAGCCUUGGUUGAGCUUGGUAGGAAGGGUGUUGCUUAAAUCCUGCUGUAAUAUCAAGAAGCUGCAAUAUUUUUGUUGGUUUGAGGUGAUCUCAUGCACUAGCUGCAAAAACAAGACAGGGUCUCAUUCUGUAAUAUAAAACAAGAACAGGAAAUCUGUAGGGUAUUAAUAUGAUAGGAGAGAGAUUUGCAAAGAAAAAAUGCAGGAGAGAACUGAUGCACCAAAAUAUACAUGGUAAGGGACAUUGCUUGGCAGCCUGAGAGUGAAGGAACUAGUGGGUGCUUUGGAAUUGACAUAUUUCUCUCAUUCUUAUGGCCUGCAGCCAUCAUAGUAAACUCGCUCUAACUACCACAGAAUAUAGCUUUUCUCCUCCAUUUCUAGCAGUUAAUAACCUACCAAUUUGGCAUUCAGAAACCUGUAAAAAGUUUUAAAGAUUAGCAAUUAAAGAUGAGCUACAGUUAGUAAAAGAGCCAGUGUGGUGUAGUGGUUUGAGCACUGGACUAUUACUGAGAGCAGGGUUCAGAUCCUUACUCAGCCAGGGAAACUCAUAGGGAUUGCCUUGGGCAAGUCACACACUCUCAGCCUCUAAGGAACGCAAAGACAAACUCCUUCUGAACAAAUCUUGCCAAGAAAGCCACAUGAUAGAGUUGCCUUAGGGUCGCCGUAAGUCUGAAGCUACUUAAGGCACAUCACCACCACCACAAGUUACUGGACAAGUGAGACCCAACCCUAGUGUUCCUUCUCACUCCUAACUGGUGUUGCUACCCUUGUUACCAUUGCUUAUUCCAGCUCUUCAAAGCCUGGAGUAAGUAGCUCCUUCGUCUGUUCUGGCAGGCUUCGUCUCAUGCUCUCAAAUUUAUGUGAUCAUGCUUUUAAAAACAUAAAAGUGAAUCUGAUAUAGGUCUCCUCUAUAACCAUGUAAGUGUUCUGGGUGUGUCUGUUUUUGCCAAAUGGUGCUGCAUUUUUUCAUUUAUUUCUACUAGAUAGUGUUGAAUAAGGUUUGAAGCAGAACAAAAUCUCUGGGAUGGUGCAAGUCAUUCUGCUAGUUUUAUUGGGGAUUAUAGUCAUUACUGCAAAUAUUCUCUGAAUAAUAAAUAAUUCCAUCUCCAUAUAACAAAGGUGACUGUCAACACUAUCAGUUUAUACAAU